GAGCCGUUGGAGCCCAGCCCCUGUUCACCGUGCCGCGGCGGCCUGGCUAUGGCACCAUGGGGAAGCCCAUCAAGCUGCUGGCCAACUGCUUCCAGGUGGACAUCCCCAAGAUAGACGUCUACCUCUAUGAGGUGGACAUCAAGCCCGAGAAGUGCCCGCGCCGUGUCAACAGGUAUGCCUAGAAUAACUGAGUUUGUGCCUUUCUCAACAUGUUUCACAUGGUAUCGGAUUAUGGGUUGUUCAUGUGGUUGUUUAAGUGUGACUAGAGCUAAUUUGAUGUUUAUUCUACUUCUAUUAUAUUUUAUGGAUUAUUAUUAUUGCUUUCAAUACUAAUUAUGGCGCCACAUAUGGGCAGUUAAAGAGCCGCAUGUGGCUCCAGAGCCACAAGUUGCAGACCUUUGGACAAGUCUAAAAUUAGGUAAACUUGUUUUGGUGUUCUGUAGGGAGGUGGUGGACUCCAUGGUGCAGCACUUCAAGGUUACCAUCUUUGGGGAUCGCCGGCCAGUCUACGAUGGGAAGAGGAGCUUGUACACAGCCAACCCGCUGCCUGUGGCAACCGCAGGGGUAAGAUGGAUGCAGACUGACGCCCAGCCACACACACACACACACACACACACAGUCAAACCUACUACCUGGCGCUCCUACAAGGGUAAGACCGAAAACACAUACUCUCGCUCGCACACACACUUCUUGAUCUGUUAACGCAUCCAUUCACACACACCUCUAACCCCUCUCCACCCCCCUCCCUCAGGUGGAUCUGGACGUCACUCUACCGGGCGAGGGGGGCAAGGACCGGCCCUUUAAGGUCUCAAUCAAGUUUGUGUCCCUGGUGAGCUGGCACAUGCUGCACGAGGUGCUAACCGGCCGCAGCAUGCCUGAGCCCCUGGAGCUGGACAAGCCCAUCAGCACCAACCCAGUACACGCUGUGGACGUGGUGCUGCGACACCUGCCCUCCAUGAAGUGAGUUAGACAUUCGUCGCCCUGGUGGUCAUAAUAGGGAAUGUUGUUAUAACUAUGUGAUUGGGUUCAUUAUUUGAUAAACAGGAUGCAUGUCUUUCUGAAUAGGUUAGCAUUUAUCCCUGGAAACCUCAGUAAACUGAUUAAGAGCGAACGACACAACUCCGCUACAUGUUCAUUUUACGUUUGAGGCAGAUUUAUUAGGUAUUUCAUUUGCUGGCCAAGAUACUGAUUUAGUCCAAGAUAAUUUCCUAAAAUGACAAAUCAAGUAUUGCAUUUCAGUUAAGACUCACUUCUGCUUAGUGCCACAUUGGUAAUGAAAAAUGUGAAUGUAUGCUCUUGCAAAACACGUGUGGUUGUUUUCAUGGCAGUAUCAUGAAGAUAAUCCGGCAGGAAAUCAAAUGUGUAGUCAUUCCUAUGCGGUCAUAGCUGACCUCACUCAUAGCCUCCUCCACUCAAAAACAAUGUGUUGUCAGUGUGCCUACCAAUACUGAAUGAAAACCUUAAUGAAAGUAUUUUCCCGUCUUAAAUAAAAACUGGCUUUUGUGUAUCGACACCUGCCAUAAGGCUGUGUUUGCUAUAGCUUCAGGCUAUUGCAUUGACAUUGGCAGAAUGUGUCCAGGACUUUCUAGGAAACGCAUACACUGUUAUUAAUGUGUCUUUGCCGCUCAGUGAUAAGAUGUCGAUAAGGCCGUGUGGAGUUGCCACCCUCUCGUUUUAUUGAUGUUCAGUGUCAAUUGAAAAAUAAGGUUGUUGUUAGACUGUGUCACUGUGCAAAGAGCUAUUGACCAAGAUUCUAGUCCAGGUUGUGGAAACUAACUUUCCCAUUCUCCUAUCUGUCUGUCCCCCUUCUAUCUAUCUCUUUCCUUAUUUUUUGCUCUUCUCUUUCUCUUCCCCCUCCUUCCCCCUCACUAUCUCUCUCUUUCUCCUCCCCCUCUCCCUCCCCUCUCCAGGUACACUCCGGUGGGUCGCUCUUUCUUCUCAGCCCCAGAGGGAUAUGACCAUCCCCUGGGAGGGGGGAGAGAGGUGUGGUUUGGUUUCCACCAGUCUGUACGCCCCGCCAUGUGGAAGAUGAUGCUCAAUAUUGACGGUGAGGACGGCGCACAUCACCUUACCCCCAAUCCUAACCUUAACCAUUAGGGGGAAGAAACAAUCUGGGGCCAUAUGUAUCAGAGUAGGAGUUCUGAUCUAGGAUCUGGUCCCCCUGUCCAUGUAAUCUUAUUCAAUGUGAUCUAAAGGGCUAAACUGAUCCUAGAUCAGCACUCCUACUCUGAGACGCUUUAUGAAUACAGGCCCUGAACCUGUAUUCGUGUUUGGGGCAACUUCUACCUAAUAUGGGAGGACUCCAUAGUGGGUGCUGUGCCGCAUGCUGGCAAGGAGGGUUCUGGUUAUAGGUGGGUGGGCUGGCCACAGGCUUUGUAGAAGGUGGAUUGGGUGGGGGGGGGGGGGGGGGGGGUCUCUUGCUUUGUGGGUACUGCCUAAGCGGUUGCUGUGGAGACGGAGGUGCAAAGAUCUGAGUGGCGCUGUGUGUUUGGGAGCGAUUUUGGUGGGCUGCUUUUGUUUUGGGGAGUUCUUGACCGCUCUCUCUGUCUUAAUGCCCCUCUCUCACUCCCUCCCUCCCUCCCUCUCUCUCAGGCAGGUUUCCCGCUCUCCCUCUCUCGCAAAUCAUUUGGCUUCCUCUAGCCCCUCCCCCAUUCACCACCAAGGGCAGAAAAAGUCCAGCCGUCUGCAAAUGAUUCUCUCUUUUUCAUUAGUCAUUUUGUGCUCUAAGCAAUGAAGAGAAUAGGCCCUAAAAGAGCGCGAAAGCAAAUAGGCGCCAAUGAUCUGUUUUAUACCUCACCAGGGGACAUUAUUUAUUUAUUUAUUUAUUUAUAUAUAUAUAUACACACACACACAGUGGGGAGAACAAGUAUUUGAUACACUGCCGAUUUUGCAGGUUUUCCUACUUACAAAGCAUGUAGAGGUCUGUAAUUUUUAUCAUAGGUACACUUCAACUGUGAGAGACAGAAUUAAAAAAAAAAAAAAAUCCAGAAAAUCACAUUGUAUGAUUUUUAAGUAAUUCAUUUGCAUUUUAUUGCAUGACAUAAGUAUUUGAUACAUCAGAAAAGCAGAACUUAAUAUUUGGUACAUAAACCUUUGUUUGCAAUUACAGAGAUCAUACGUUUCCUGUAGGUCUUGACCAGGAUUGCACACACUGCAGCAGGGAUUUUGGCCUACUCCUCCAUACAGACCUUCUCCAGAUCCUUCAGGUUUCGGGGCUGUCGCUGGGCAAUACGGACUUUCAGCUCCCUCCAAAGAUUUUCUAUUGGGUUCAGGUCUGGAGACUGGCUAGGCCACUCCAGGACCUUGAGAUGCUUCUUACGGAGCCACUCCUUAGUUGCCCUGGCUGUGUGUUUCGGGUCGUUGUCAUGCUGGAAGACCCAGCCCCGACCCAUCUUCAAUGCUCUUACUGAGCGAAGGAGGUUGUUGGCCAAGAUCUCGCGAUACAUGGCCCCAUCCAUCCUCUCCUCAAUAUGGUGCAGUCGUCCUGUCCCCUUUGCAGAUAAGCAUCCCCAAAGAAUGAUGUUUCCACCUCCAUGCUUCACGGUUGGGAUGGUGUUCUUGGGGUUGUACUCAUCCUUCUUCUUCCUCCAAACACGGCGAGUGGAGUUUAGACCAAAAAGCUAUAUUUUUGUCUCAUCAGACCACAUGACCUUCUCCCAAUCCUCCUCUGGAUCAUCCAGAUGGUCAUUGGCAAACUUCAGACGGGCCUGGACAUGCGCUGGCUUGAGCAGGGGGACCUUGCAUGCGCUGCAGGAUUUUAAUCCAUGACGGCGUAGUGUGUUACUAAUGGUUUUCUUUGAGACUGUGGUCCCAGCUUUCUUCAGGUCAUUGACCAGGUCCUGCCGUGUAGUUCUGGGCUGAUCCCUCACCUUCCUCAUGAUCAUUGAUGCCCCACGAGGUGAGAUCUUGCAUGGAGCCCCAGACCGAGGGUGAUUGACCGUCAUCUUGAACUUCUUCCAUUUUCUAAUAAUUGCGCCAACAGUUGUUGCCUUCUCACCAAGCUGCUUGCCUAUUGUCCUGUAGCCCAUCCCAGCCUUGUGCAGGUCUACAAUUUUAUCCCUGAUGUCCUUACACAGCUCUCUGGUCUUGGCCAUUGUGGAGAGGUUGGAGUCUGUUUGAUUGAGUGUGUGGACAGGUGUCUUUUAGGGGGAAGAAACAAUCUGGGGCCAUAUGUAUCAGAGUAGGAGUUCUGAUCUAGGAUCUGGUCCCCCUGUCCAUGUAAUCUUAUUCAAUGUGAUCUAAAGGGCUAAACUGAUCCUAGAUCCGCACUCCUACUCUGAAACGCUUUAUGAAUACAGGCCCUGAACCUGUAUUCGUGUUUGGGGCAACUUCUACCUAAUAUGGGAGGUCUCCAUAGUGGGUGCUGUGCCGCAUGCUGGCAAGGAGGGUUCUGGUUAUAGGUGGGUGGGCUGGCCACAGGCUUUGUAGAAGGUGGAUUGGGUGGGGGGGGGGGGGGGGGGGGUCUCUUGCUUUGUGGGUACUGCCUAAGCAGUUGCUGUGGAGACGGAGAUGCAAAGAUCUGAGUGGCGCUGUGUGUUUGGGAGCGAUUUUGGUGGGCUGCUUUUGUUUUGGGGAGUUCUUGACCGCUCUCUCUGUCUUAAUGCCCCUCUCUCACUCCCUCCCUCCCUCCCUCUCUCUCAGGCAGGUUUCCCGCUCUCCCUCUCUCGCAAAUCAUUUGGCUUCCUCUAGCCCCUCCCCCAUUCACCACCAAGGGCAGAAAAAGUCCAGCCGUCUGCAAAUGAUUCUCUCUUUUUUCAUUAGUCAUUUUGUGCUCUAAGCAAUGAAGAGAAUAGGCCCUAAAAGAGCGCGAAAGCAAAUAGGCGCCAAUGAUCUGUUUUAUACCUCACCAGGGGACAUUAUUUAUUUAUUUAUUUAUUUAUUUAUUUAUUUAUUUAUUUAUAUAUAUAUAUAUACAUACACACACAGUGGGGAGAACAAGUAUUUGAUACACUGCCGAUUUUGCAGGUUUUCCUACUUACAAAGCAUGUAGAGGUCUGUAAUUUUUAUCAUACGUACACUUCAACUGUGAGAGACAGAAUUAAAAAAAAAAAAUCCAGAAAAUCACAUUGUAUGAUUUUUAAGUAAUUCAUUUGCAUUUUAUUGCAUGACAUAAGUAUUUGAUACAUCAGAAAAGCAGAACUUAAUAUUUGGUACAUAAACCUUUGUUUGCAAUUACAGAGAUCAUACGUUUCCUGUAGGUCUUGACCAGGUUUGCACACACUGCAGCAGGGAUUUUGGCCUACUCCUCCAUACAGACCUUCUCCAGAUCCUUCAGGUUUCGGGGCUGUCGCUGGGCAAUACGGACUUUCAGCUCCCUCCAAAGAUUUUCUAUUGGGUUCAGGUCUGGAGACUGGCUAGGCCACUCCAGGACCUUGAGAUGCUUCUUACGGAGCCACUCCUUAGUUGCCCUGGCUGUGUGUUUCGGGUCGUUGUCAUGCUGGAAGACCCAGCCCCGACCCAUCUUCAAUGCUCUUACUGAGCGAAGGAGGUUGUUGGCCAAGAUCUCGCGAUACAUGGCCCCAUCCAUCCUCUCCUCAAUAUGGUGCAGUCGUCCUGUCCCCUUUGCAGAUAAGCAUCCCCAAAGAAUGAUGUUUCCACCUCCAUGCUUCACGGUUGGGAUGGUGUUCUUGGGGUUGUACUCAUCCUUCUUCUUCCUCCAAACACGGCGAGUGGAGUUUAGACCAAAAAGCUAUAUUUUUGUCUCAUCAGACCACAUGACCUUCUCCCAAUCCUCCUCUGGAUCAUCCAGAUGGUCAUUGGCAAACUUCAGACGGGCCUGGACAUGCGCUGGCUUGAGCAGGGGGACCUUGCAUGCGCUGCAGGAUUUUAAUCCAUGACGGCGUAGUGUGUUACUAAUGGUUUUCUUUGAGACUGUGGUCCCAGCUUUCUUCAGGUCAUUGACCAGGUCCUGCCGUGUAGUUCUGGGCUGAUCCCUCACCUUCCUCAUGAUCAUUGAUGCCCCACGAGGUGAGAUCUUGCAUGGAGCCCCAGACUGAGGGUGAUUGACCGUCAUCUUGAACUUCUUCCAUUUUCUAAUAAUUGCGCCAACAGUUGUUGCCUUCUCACCAAGCUGCUUGCCUAUUGUCCUGUAGCCCAUCCCAGCCUUGUGCAGGUCUACAAUUUUAUCCCUGAUGUCCUUACACAGCUCUCUGGUCUUGGCCAUUGUGGAGAGGUUGGAGUCUGUUUGAUUGAGUGUGUGGACAGGUGUCUUUUAUACAGGUAACGAGUUCAAACAGGUGCAGUUAAUACAGGUAAUGAGUGGAGAACAGGAGGGCUUCUUAAAGAAAAACUAACAGGUCUGUGAGAGCCGGAAUUCUUACUGGUUGGUAGGUGAUCAAAUACUUAUGUCAUGCAAUAAAAUGCAAAUGAAUUACUUAAAAAUCAUACAAUGUGAUUUUCUGGAUUUUUGUUAAAGAUUCCGUCUCUCACAGUUGAAGUGUACCUAUGAUACAAAUUACAGACCUCUACAUGCUUUGUAAGUAGGAAAACCUGUAAAAUCGGCAGUGUAUCAAAUACUUGUUCUCCCCACUGUACAUACAUACAUACACUCACAUAUCCUAGCUGAAGAUACAGCAACACGGAGGAAAUGUACCAGUAUAUAAGCAACAAACAAGAAUUAGCGCUAUUUAAAACACUUUCAAGAGUAAUAUAUCAGCACUAUCACAAACAACAAGCAUCAAAACAAACAUUAAAUUGCUUAUGUCAUUUCCUGUUUAUGGAGAUGAGAACCCUAUUGUCUCUGGGGAGAGUGACCUUCACCUGCGCUCCCCGUCAUCCCUAAUUGCAUGCAUGCUCCGAUCAUCACCGUCGCUGUCAGACGUGGCCCUGACGUCACUGUGAAGUCAGCCCAGUGUCAGUGCAGCAUCUGUUUCCUCUCCUCUACUCAUCUCUCCAUUCAGGUGGAGAAAGCAUUAGGGCCUUCAUCUAGGCGCCAGCUUCCUCUAACGGCACAUAAAGCCAGAGGGAUGUUGGAUGUUCCUCCUAGGUUUUAGUUCAUGUUUGAGAGCCAUGUUGGCGUUUCCCUUCCCUGAGGUACUUAGGUGGCGUCCCUGGCAAUGAAACAGGCCUUGUGCUGCUGUGCUUGGUCUGGUUUGAGAUGUAGGCCUAAAUAGCUAAAAAUGAUUUGAUGACAAAUGGCUGCUUCUGGCGUGAUGUAUUUGGUUGACCAAGAUCAAUUCACAUUUUGCAUCUACAGUAAAUAGCUAGCAAGAUUACUCUCGGUUUUGGCAGGUAGUGCCAGUGAUUGGGAAUGCUGAGUGAGUGUGAUCGAGUCUUGUGUUUGAUGGCCCUGUCUGUCCUGCAGUGUCUGCCACGGCCUUCUACAAAGCCCAGCCAGUGAUCCAGUUCAUGUGUGAGGUCCUGGACAUCCACAACAUAGACGAGCAGCCCCGACCUCUCACAGACUCCCACCGGGUCAAGUUCACCAAAGAAAUCAAAGGUAGGUACAGUGCAUUUGGAAAGUAUUCAGACCCCUUGACCUUUUCUACAUUUUCUUACGUUCAGCCUUAUUCUAAAAUGGAUUUAAAAAAUAUAUAUCCUCAUCAAUCUACACACAAUACCCCAUAAUGAGAAAGCGAAAACAGGUUUUUAGACAUUUUUGCUAAUGUAUUAAAAAUAAAAAACUGAUACCUUAUUUACAUAAGUAUUCAGACCCUUUGCUAUGAGACUCGAAAUUGAGCUCAGGUGCAUCCUGUUUCCAUUGAUCAUCCUUGAGAUGUUUCUACAACUUGAUUGGAGUCCACCUGUGGUAAAUCCAAUUGAUUGGACAUGAUUUGGAAAGGCACACACCUGUCUACUAUAAGGUCCCACAGUUGACAGUGCAUGUCAGAGCAAAAACCAAGCCAUGAGGUCGAAGGAAUUGUCCGUAGAGCUCCGAGAUAGGAUUGUGUCGAGGCACAGAGCAAUCGGGGGAGAAGGGCCUUGGUUAGGUAGGUGACCAAGAACCCGAUGGUCACUCUGACAGAGCUCCAGAGUUCCUCUUUGGGGAUGGGAGAACUUUCCAGAAGGACAGCCAUCUCAGCAGCACUCCACCAAUCAGGCCUUUAUGGUAGAGUGGCCAGACGGAAGCCACUCCUCAGUAAAAGGCACAUGACCGCCGGCUUGGAGUUUGCCAAAAGGCACCUUAAGACUCUCAGACCAUGAGAAGCAAGAUUCUCUGGUCUGAUUGAACUCUUUGGCCUGAAUGCCAAGCGUCACGUCUGGAGGAAACCUGGCACCAUUUCUAUGGUGAAGCAUGGUGGUGGCAGCAUCAUGCUGUGGGCAAGUUUUUCAGCGGCAGUGACUGGGAGACUAGUCAGGAUCGAGGGAAAGAUGAACGGAGCAAAGUACAGAGAGAUCCUGGAUGAAAACCUCCUCCAGAGUGCUCAGGACCUCAGUCUGGGGCGAAGGUUCACCUUCCAACAGGACAACGACCCUAAGCACACAGCCAAGACAACGCUGAAGUGGCUUCAGGACAAGUCUCUGAAUGUCCUUGAGUGGCCCAGCCAGAGCCCGUACUUUGUCAUUAUGGGGUAUUGUGUGUAGAUUGAUGAGGAGAAAAAACAAUUGAAUCCAUUUUAGAAUAAGGCUGUAACGUAACAAAAUGUGGAAAAAGUCAAGGAGUCUGAAUACUUUCCGAAUGCGCUGUAUUUUGUGUGUGUGUGAAAGAGGAUGUAUACUAGGCUUUGGGUGUGCCUGUGUACACACGUUUGUGUCAUUCCCAUGUCCCUAAUUUCCUAAAAGCUGUCUCUGUCCUGUCCAGGUCUGAAAGUGGAGGUGACACACUGUGGAACCAUGCGGAGGAAGUACCGCGUUUGCAACGUGACCCGCCGGCCCGCCAGCCAUCAAACGUGAGUCAAGAGGGGCCCAGAGAGAUGGUAGGGUGGGGUGGGACUAGACGUGGGUGUGGUUGGGUGGAGUGGGACUAGGGAGAGAGUGGGGUGUGGUGGGACUAAGAAAGGCCAGAGGGAGACGAGGAGAUGAGCAUAGAGCCUGGGGUGUGGUGGUAUGUUUGGGGUGGGAUGGGAUGGGAGAGGGGGGGAGAGGAGCAUGCACUUAGAUGUAGUAUGACCAAUUCACCAGAACCACAAAAUGUCUGAGUCAGAUCCUUGUCAGUUCAGUCAAGAAGUCAGUAGGUGUUAGUCAUCAUUGGCCAAUAUGCUAGUACAUGCAGCUGUUAAUCUGCUGCUACUUUCUUCUUUGUUUUCCAGUAUUUACUGAUGCUCAACAUUUUGAGAAUUAUUUGCUCAACAUUUUGAUAGCUUUGUGUGGCAGUUUCACUGUAUUGAUCUUAACUAGAAAUUGAAGACAACUCAAGCUGUUGAUAACCUUGUCUUUGAUGGUCAUAUAGUUUACAAAGACCCAGACAAGCCCCUCUUGCACUUCCCCUUUCUAUGUUAGUAAAGAUGUUCUUAACGCUUGCCGUUCCAUCUACCUGUUGUGCUCAGGUUCCCUCUGCAGUUGGAGAAUGGUCAAACGGUGGAGCGCACGGUGGCCCAGUACUUCAGAGAGAAGUACAGCCUGCAGCUCAAAUAUCCCCACCUGCCCUGCCUCCAGGUGGGCCAGGAGCAGAAGCACACCUACCUGCCCCUGGAGGUGAGGAAUAUUCAUUUCUUUGCCAGAUUCACACUAUAGGGCCGACCCAAACCGUACUGUGAUGGCUCGGAUAUUGUCUUUUCACAUUGUCCUUUUUAGCGUGGCUUCAGCAACUAUGGUGGAUUGACUCAGUUUGGCCAUAUAGUGUGAUUCAGGCAUUAGUGAAUAAAAUGCUUUCCAAUAUACUCAAUGCUUUGGUUCUGUGUCCCUGCAGGUGUGUAACAUAGUAGCAGGGCAGCGGUGUAUCAAGAAACUGACAGAUAAUCAGACGUCCACUAUGAUCAAAGCCACGGCUCGCUCUGCACCCGACAGACAGGAGGAGAUCAGCCGGCUGGUGAGUCAGUGGUGCCGCCUAGUGGCAUGGAGGCUUAUUUACUCUUAUACACUGGGUAGGUCUAAUCCUGGAUGAUGAUUGGUUAAAACCCCAUUCCAGCCAGUGUCUAUUCCACAAGUGAACACCGGCUACAUCUAUGAAGUUGAAAUGCCUAUUUACUCUGUUGCGUCUGACUGGGCAAUCCACUGUCUCAUCAGCUCAGCCAGGCAAUUUACAUACUAGAUUUUCACAUCUAGACAUGAUCUCCCAUUUCUUUUAGACUAGCAAUUGGUUUUCAACAGCGGAUAAUUGUAAUAACCUUGCUGUCUGUCUCUCCGACAUUUGCAACAUUGUUUCAAUAUUGAAAUUCGAUCUCCAGUUGUCCUACGGUAAUGAAUGUAUCGGGAGUCGGGGCGAGACAGACAGGCUGGCAACCUUUCUCAGCCAGUCGAAAUCAUGAAUCAGCAUCAUUUUUAUGGAUAUACAGUACCAGUCAAGUUUGGACAACUACUCAUUCAAGGGUUUUUCUUUAUUUUUACUAUUUUCUACAUUGUAGAAUAGUAGUGAAGACAUCAAAACUAUGAAAUAACACAUAUGGUAAUCAUGUAGUAACCAAAAAACUGUUUAACAAACUAAAAUAUAUAUUUUAGAUUCUUCAAAGUAUCCACCCUUUGCCUUGAUGACAGCUUUGCACACUCUUGGCAUUCUCUCAACCAGCUUCAUGAGGAAUGCUUUUCCAACAGUCUUAAAGGAGUUUCCACAUAUGCUGAGCACUUGUUGGCUGCUUUUCCUUCACUCUGCGGUCCAACUCAUCCCAAACCAUCUCAAUUGGGUUGAGGUCAGGGGAUUGUGGAGGCCAGGUCAUCUGAUGCAGCACUCCAUCACUCUCCUUCUUGGUCAAAUAGCCCUUACACAGCCUGGAGGUGUGUUGGGUCAUUGUCCUGUUGAAAAACAAAUGAUAGUCCCACUAAGCGCAAACCAGAUGGGAUGGCGUAUAGCUGCAGAAUGCUGUGGUAGCCAUGCGGGUUAAGUGUGCCUUGAAUUCUAAAUAAAUCACAGACAGUGUUACCAGCAAAGCACCCCCACACCAUCACACCUCCUUUUCCAUGCUUCAUGGUGUGAACCACACAUGCAGAGAUAAUCCGUUCACCUACUCUGCGUCUCACAAAGACACGGCGGUUGGAACCAAAAGUCCCACAUUUGGAAUCGUCAGUCCAAAGGACAGAUUUCCACCAGUCUAAUGUCCAUUGCUCGUGUUUCUUGGCCCAAGCAAGUCUCUUCUUCUUAUCGGUGUCCUUUAGGAGUGGUUUCUUUGCAGCAAUUCGACCAUGAAGGCCUGACUCACACAGUCUCCUCUGAACAGUUGAUGUUGAGAUGUGUCUGUUACUUGAGCUCUGUGAAGCAUUUAUUUGGACUGCAAUUUCUGAGGCUGGUAGCUCUAAUGAACUUAUCCUCUGCAGCAGAGGUAACUCUGGGUCUUCCUUUCCUGUGGCAGUCCUCAUGAGAGCCAGUUUCAUCAUAGCACUUGAUGGUUUUUGCGACUGCACUUGAAGAAACUUUCAAAGUUCUUGAAAUGUUCCGUAUUGACUGACCUUCAUGUCUUAAAGUAAUGGACUGUCGUUUCUCUUUGCUUAUUUGAGCUGUUCUUGCCAUAAUAUGGACUUGGUCUUUUAUCCCCCCCCCCCCCCCUUACCUUGUCACCACACAACUGAUUGGCUCAAACGCAUUCACUUUUAACAAGGCACACCUGUUUAUUGAAAUCCAUUCCAAGUGACUACCUCAUGAAGCUGGUUGAGAGAAUGCCAAGAGUGUGCAAAGCUGUCAUCAAGGCAAAGGGUGGCUACUUUGAAGAAUCUCAAAUAUAAACUAUAUUUUGAUUUGUUUAACACUUUUUUUGGAUACUACAUGAUUCCAUAUGUGUUAUUUCAUAGUUUUCAUGUCUUCACUAUUAUUCUACAAUGUAGAAAAUAGUAAUAAUAAAGAAACCCUUGAAUUAAUAGAUGUCUAAACUUUUGACUGGUACUGUAUGUAUGAGGAAAUGUCAAUAGAAAAACACGAAAUGCAGCUAGUUUGCUGUGUUCUGGCUACACUGUUAGUUAGCAAGCAAGGGAUAAGAACGUUGCCAGCCAUCAUGGCAAUGGAACAUUUAGAACAAACGACUGGGUUGCGUCCAUAGAUUUAGAACAAAAAGACUUAACGACUUUGUGGCUGGCAACCGAUAGAACGAACGACCAGCUGGCUUGGGUAGCAACCCUAGAUUUGUGUCGGGACUAUAUCUUGUGGAAUGAUGAAAUAGUAUGAAUAAAUUAAUCAAAAUAACGGUUUUUUAAUGAAAAUGUCAAUCAUUAUUUGAAUAUAUUGGUAACCCGUUGUAUAAAAGUGAUAAUGCCCUCAAAGCCGGUGUUUGGAGGAUAUAUUGGUACAGUUUGCCGAAAUGUCUCAGAGUAGGAGUGCUGAUCUAGGAUCAGGUCCCCUGUCUUGUUCAUUAUGAUCUAAAAGGCAAAACUGAUCUUAGAUCGGCACGCCUACUCUGAGACGCUUAUUGAACACGGGCCCAGGUCAGUGUUGAUUAAAGGUCAGUGAAAUGCCAGGUGGGAGAUGGCAUUGUUUCAUCAUGGUGGCUAGCUGUCACCAGCGAAUAGGAACUGAAUUAAAGUGUGGGCGGAAUAACUGAGUGACAGAUGCAGAAGGAUUGGCAAACCCAGGGGAAAGUUUGACAAUGUUCUAAAGAUGUCAAAGGUUAUUUCAGGACGUUGCAUAAGAUAUCAUUCUGGGGAAAAUGUGAACUAAAAACACAUCUACAAACUUGAGUUGUCUCAACAUCAAAACAUGCUCAAACCUGGGUCGUAUUCAUUAGGGCGUUCCGUACCAAAUGAAAACGUUUUUAUUUUUGGACAAAUUGAGCGUUUCUAAUAGGAGUAGUUUGUUUUCUUCUGUUUUAGUGCAUUAUGAAUAUGACACUGCCUUCUGGAUAGCAAGUUACUUCACCACCCUAAACACCUCUCUCUGUCUCUCUCUCUCUCUCUGUGUGACCCCUGCAGGUGCGCAGUGCCAACUACGAGGCGGACCCCUUUGUGCAGGAGUUCCAGUUCAAGGUGCGCGAUGAGAUGGCCCACGUGACGGGGCGCGUGCUGCCCGCCCCCAUGCUGCAAUACGGCGGCAGGGUGAGCACAGAGCACUUUAUGGUACCCUUCCUUUAAAUCACGCUCCAUACUCUGUUUGUUUGACACGCUACCUACCCUCGCGAUAUGAGGGAACUAACCCCCUUGCUUUGGUUUGAGUUGUUCUGUUUGUCUUUCCUCUCUGUGAAUCAUCUUUACAAAGUGUCUAGGAGUAGGUGUGCUGAUCUAGGAUCAGGUCCCCCUCUUAUUCAUAAUGAUUUCUAAGACAAAAUUGAUCCUAGAUCGGCACGCCUACCCUAAGACACUUAAUGAAUACAGGCCUGUGUGUGUGGAUUAACAUAAACUAGUAGUCUUGGCUCAAUGGGAACACGGCUACAUAAUUUUUCAUUUCUGCUUUUUUUGAGAAUGCGUAGUACAGAUAGCUAUGACUUAAUUUAGCUUGCUUUUGUGAUGUUUAUAUGCAAUUUUUUGGCUCACUCACUUUGGUUUGCAAUUUCACUUUAUGAAAACAGUCAAAUCAAAUUGAACCCUUAAACCCGGACCCAGUUUUCCUUACAUUAAAAUAUAAGUGAUUAGGACAGCCCAAGGAGACCUCAAAUAACAUAUACCACAAAUCUGUUUUUCUGGACAUUGGAUGAGGUCAGCCUAAACAUUUUGAUUUAAUUUUGUUAAGACACUCCAGGACCAGACUUUUUUUUCAUCUUUCGUAAGUUACUAAACCAUGUACGUAAACAGCGUUUUUGGUGCAUAUUUAAAAAUAAAAUGUAAUGUUGUCCAAUUUUUAUUUUAGCCAUCAACAAUUUUGUGAAUGUUAAAUUUUGUGAGUGCAGAUGCUUCUGAAGCUGAGAAAAAUGAGUUGCCGUUUGGGAAGAGUCUGACUUUCAGGAAAUAAAUGACCAUUAAAGCGAAGUACAAUGAAUUUAGCUUACCAAUCGUAAAACACCUAUUUAGACCUAAUCACGAUCUCUUCAAAUGAUGUUACUACAUAUAGUCCAGUUUGUAACAUUCUAUGUAAUGGGCUUUUAAAUUAUGUAUAAUUAAUUACAUUAAUAGAUUUGUGUCCAUUUCAAUGUGGUUAAAAUUCAGGACAUUAUGAUGAUGAUGAUGAUGAUAAACAAAAUAAAUAAUGUAUUUACAUAGUUUUGGAAAUGUUUGUUUACUUUUUGAAAGAACCAAUAUUAAAGACCAAAAUAUCUCAAAAUUGAUAAGUAGAUGCAAAAAUCUCAUUUCAGUCUGUGGUGCCUUGCCUUAAAUGGUUAAUUUAAAGGUUAGGGGCAAUACAAUUUUGACACGUUCAGUGUUGAAAUGCUCAAAUAUUCUUAGAACAUUUUCAGAGGACCUUUUGAAGCUUUUUGAAAAAAAAAACAUUUUAAAACACAGCACCUGUUGUCUUUCAGUCUAUACAUGUUAGGCCUACAUGUGUAAAUGUGUUUUGGUUUAAAUUAGACUAUGUAUCCAUAAAGUGUUGGUGUCUACACACCAGUAUUUUAUGUGUAAUUUCUAUAUGUGUGCCUGCAUGUCUUUCUGAAGUGUCUGCUUGACUGUUGAAUCUGUAACAAGGAUAGUAAGACAAGGAAAAUUCUCCCUCGUGGGGACAUUUCCCACAUCCCCAUUAGGACAAAGGCUAUUUUAAACUUAGGGGUUAGGUUUAGGCUUACACUUAGGGUUAGGUGUUAGGGUUAAGGUUGGGGUUAGGGAAAAUAUGAUUUUUAAUGGAAAUACAUUUUAGGUCCCCACGAGGAUAAAAAAACAAGGGUGUGUGUGUGUGUGCACGCAGAAGUGUGUGUAUGUUUGUGCGCACAGAAAUGUGUGUGACUGAGUGUGCGAGUGUGAAAGCACUGUGUGUGUGUAUAUGGGCACUGCGCAGCAGAUCAACCGUACUACACUGUGGUUUCAGAACCGGACGGUGGCCACCCCAAGUCAUGGCGUGUGGGACAUGAGGGGCAAACAGUUCCACACGGGAGUGGAGAUCAAGAUGUGGGCCAUCGCCUGCUUCGCCACACAGAGGCAGUGUCGCGAGGAGAUCCUCAAGUAAGAACCAACCACUCAUCUGUUUCACCCACUUACUAUGUGUACAACUGGGUUAUGUUCGUUAGGGCACACCGUUGCAAAACAUUUUGCAACGAAAAACGAAAAUGAGUUUCUUAUUGGUCCAGGUAGUCCUGCACUGUUUCAGGACAUUUUCUUCCAUUUGGUGCCUAAUAAACAUAACCCGCCUCUUCAUUAAGCAGCUUCUCACGUAGCCACAGGGAUAAUGAAAGGAAUCUCUCCCUGCUAUUUAUGUGUUGGAGAUGGCCUCCCAGAUAAGAAAGUGAUCCUUGUGUAAUUAGUUUGUCCUCUACACCUCUGAUACAACCUUCUUAGAAUUUACACAGUGACUCUCAAGGAUUACAUUACUAAACCAUUCCCUAACCAACCAUAUUAUAUUUGUUCUUUACAUCCUUCCUUUUUCCCUCCUCCCCCUCCCUCAUUUCUCCAUUCCUUUCUCUUCCUCCCUCAUUCCUCUUUCCCUCCCUCAUUUCUCCAUCACUAUCUUCCUCCCUAAUUUCUCCAUCCCUCUCUCUUCCUCCAUCCAUUAACCCCCCUCCUUCUAUAGGGGUUUCACAGACCAGCUGCGUAAGAUCUCCAAGGAUGCUGGGAUGCCCAUCCAGGGCCAGCCGUGUUUCUGUAAAUACGCCCAGGGAGCUGACAGUGUGGAGCCCAUGUUCAGGCACCUGAAGAACACCUACUCAGGACUGCAGCUAAUCAUCGUCAUCCUGCCUGGAAAGACCCCCGUCUACGGUAGGGAGCGCCCAUAGACAUAUUCACAUGAUGUUCAUUGGAAUCACCUUAUCCAUGCUGAUUCACUGUCUGUUUAGAAUUUUCUGUAUCUAUAUAAUACUUCUGUUCUUUGAAACUCUUGUGUUGCUGAAGAAGCUUUGAUAAGAGAUGUGUACUGUUGUAUGUUAACAGAUGGUGUACAUCUGUCUGGUAUCUAUCAAUGCCUUCACUUUAAAGCAUAGGUGGUACUUUACUCUUUACCUGCCUAACCUGACUGACUGUUAAUUGCACAGAGAUUGAUUGAUGACUGCCUGUUAUUGGUCCUGUGUAGCGGAGGUGAAGAGGGUGGGAGAUACUCUCCUAGGAAUGGCCACUCAGUGUGUCCAGGUGAAGAACGUGGUGAAGACGUCCCCCCAGACCCUCUCCAACCUCUGCCUCAAGAUCAAUGUCAAGCUGGGGGGAAUCAACAAUAUCCUGGUGCCUCACCAACGGUACGUGGCCAUUGUGGCUGGAGGAUAGAAGGACUGUGGAUUGACCAUACAAAUAUUUUAAUUUUCUUUAGGAAAUGUACGUGCCUUUUCUAAUUUAGUCAUAUCUAUCUUCCAUUAGAAGUGUUUAUUUUGCAGGCUGACUAAAUUGAAUGCACAAAUCAGCUUGAAGUAUCUACAAAACACAUUUUGUAGCCACAUAAUCUGAAAGGGAAGCUACAGCUAAUCUUUUUUCCUAAAAUUCCUGUUUGUGAUUCAUAAAUGGUUCUUUUGAUUCACAUGAUUCAAUUCACUGCGAUUGAACCGAAUCCCAACCACUGUAAUCGCGUAGUGAAUCGGUUGUUUUGUCAAAGAAUCAUUCAUAUGAAUCUAAUUAAUUAUUCAAAUAUAUUGUUUAUUUUUUGAGAAAUGUGAAGCGGGGCAUCCGUUUAAACAGUAAAUCAACUUUGUUAGGACUUACUACAAUAGUCAAUAUCUGUUUCAAAUACUGUAUGUAUUGGUCUUGAGAAUGUAAAUUUUUUUUGUACACAAAUUACAUCAAUAUCAAUCUCCCAGUUAAGCGUCCUCCAAUUUGUUAUUAUUAUAUUGUCUCCCGAGUGGCGCAGUGGUCUAAGGCACUGCAUCGCAGUGCUAGCUGUGCCACUAGAGAUCCUGGUUCGAAUCCAGGCUCUGUCGUAGCUGGCCGUGACCGGGAGACCCAUGGGGCGGCGCACAAUUGGCCCAGCGUCGUCCAGGGUAGGGGAGGGAAUGGCCGGCAGGGAUGUAGCUCAGUUGGUAGAGCAUGGCGUUUGCAACGCCAGGGUUGUGGGUUCGAUUCCCACAGGGGGUUGGAAAAAAUAAAUAAUGUAUGCAUUCACUAACUGUAAGUCGCUCUGGAUAAGAGCGUCUGCUAAAUGACUAAAAUGUAAAUGUAAUGUAAAAUGUUAUGAUCUAAAUAAAUGUACGUAUUGUGUAAUAAAUCUAAACCCUUAAUCAUAUUAGAGACCCUUUGUUUGAACGCUGUCCUCACUGGUCCCUCUCUUCCUCCACCCAGACCCUCAGUAUUCCAGCAGCCUAUCAUCUUCCUGGGGGCGGAUGUUACACACCCCCCUGCUGGAGACGGGAAGAAGCCUUCCAUCGCUGCAGUGAGUUCACUUAACUCCUAUUGGCCUAUACCAGGGGUCUCAAUCUAAUUUACCCCAAGGGCCAAAUGUUUAUUUUUAUUUUUUAUACUAUUACAACCAUGGGCCACAUUUACUAAGACGACCACAGGCCGCAUUAAAUAAGCUCGCGGGCCGCAUCUGGCCUGCGGACUACAUGUUUGAGGCUUCAAUGGCCUGGUCUAUACUGUAUCGCCACUGCAUUCAAGUUCUUACUGUUUGUGCAGAGCUAGUCAGUUUGCACAGAGCUCGUGUUUGUGUGUAUCUCACACUCUCCCUCUCCAGGUGGUAGGCAGUAUGGAUGCCCACCCCAGCAGGUACUGUGCCACAGUGAGGGUCCAGAGGCCCAGGCAGGAGGUGAUCCAGGAUCUGGCCUCUAUGGUCCGAGAACUGCUGAUCCAGUUCUACAAGUCGACCCGCUACAAGCCUACCAGGAUCAUCUUCUACAGGGACGGAGUGUCAGAGGGCCAGUUCAGACAGGUGAACAAAGACCGAGUGACUAUCCUGGGGGAAAAUUAGUCACUCUCCACCUCUAGAACUUCAGAAACUAGAGGGUCAAAGGUUGCAUGUCAAAUGUUGUUUCCCUCUUUAAUUAAACUGAUUUAAGUUAGUACAUAUACCUAUCUGUGUAAGUAAACCAUUGAUGCACUUCCAUCUAAGAGGACAUUAGAAUAACAUGAAUGGCUGUGACCAAAACAUUAAGACACUUAUUUACCCGUCACAUUGUCAGAUGGUGAUAAAAGGGUGCAAUGUCAAAGCCUAUAUAAUCUGCCUCAACUGGUGUGAACUAGAAAAACUUGCCCAGAACCGAGAUGGAGGACAUUCAAAGUCAUAUCGUCAAUAAUGGAUGUUUUAACCCAUUUUAUCCCUCUGCCCACCCCAGGUGCUGUACUACGAGCUGCUGGCCAUCCGCGAGGCCUGCAUUGGCCUAGAGAAGGAGUACCAGCCCGGCAUCACCUACAUCGUGGUCCAGAAACGCCACCACACCCGCCUCUUCUGUGCCGACCGCAAUGAAAGGGUGAGUGGGCCCACUUUACCCCCGCCACCCUCCCAGCUACCUUAGGAUGAUACCCGUGCCUGAUUCUCAUUAUAGGGCUGAAUCCCACCCAAACUGUGCAUGUAGAUGCCUAACCAGGCCAGCUCACUACAGCUUGGCUCAACUCUGUUUUGGGCACAGCAGUGUGAAAAGCCCUUUAUAGAUUAGGGGAGAACUGUGUGUUACAGAGUUGGUCUGUGUUCUUUAUUACCCACUAGUUUAUUAACCGCUCUAAAUGGGUUGUCCUAAUUAUCCAAUUACAAUGUUGUCAAUGGGCCUGCUCUCCCUCAUCCCUGGUAAUUCUAUUCCAUAAUAGCAUUAGGCCUGAAGUGAAUUGGGGGACCUGGAGUGUCACUCAAGGACUGGGAGAGCAGGGCUUUUGGAGUCAUCACCUUGUUUACAAGUAAAGUGCACUUUUACAGACAGGAAGAAAUCUAUUUAGUCAUUAUUCUGGUCAUUUGUAGAUGACAUCAUGCAGAGCUGUGUCGGACGCACAGAAAGAGUGGAGAUAAACACUCUGAAGCUUGGUGUUGAAGUAGAACAGUACAGGACAGAUGGAGGUUUUAACAUUGCCAGUUAUGAAUAAUAACCCCCUAUCGACCUCUUCUGUCAGGUUGGACGUAGUGGAAACAUUCCUGCUGGCACCACGGUGGACACGGACAUCACGCACCCCUACGAGUUUGACUUUUACCUCUGCAGUCACGCUGGAAUACAGGUACAGCAGCAUUCACCAUCUGUUCAUCUAGCCUGCUGCCUCACCACACUUUACUCUCAGGAAAUGACUUUAUGAAGUCUCAGGAAAUACGCCUGCUUUUUAUAGUUUAAACACACUUUAUUCACACUGCUUUUGUUGGAAUUUUCUAGUAGGUAAACAGUUAUUUACUGAAACUAAACUACCAAAUACUCUUUGGUUUUGAAGAUGAAGAAAAUGAAAGACUACAUUAGCAAAUAAAUAGGCCUAUAGCUCAUUGUAAAACCCAGAGUUUUAGGUGGAAACCAUUGUCUUUCUACAUCGCUUUUUAUACUACAUCUCGAUCAAAUCCCCAAAUUGAGCCGGUGUAGUAAAUGUAAUGUCUGCUGUCUGCUUUCCCCAGGGCACCAGUCGGCCCUCCCACUACCACGUCCUGUGGGACGACAACUGUUUCACGGCCGAUGAGUUCCAGCUGCUCACCUACCAGCUCUGCCACACCUACGUGCGCUGUACCCGCUCCGUCUCCAUCCCUGCGCCAGCCUACUAUGCCCACCUGGUGGCCUUCCGUGCCCGCUACCAUCUGGUGGACAAGGAACACGACAGGUGAUUGGGAGGGGUGGGGGUUACUUUAUCAUUGCACAAAACAAUCUGGUCUGGUUUAGUCUUUCUGCAUGCUUCGCCUCUGUUGUGCUCAACUCUAGGUUUCAUAUUUCCUAUCUAUUUUUGGUGAAAUGUACAGUACUGCAAUACUGUUGUUUAGUUUUUUUUUGUGUUCUACUGCCCUAAAGCAGCACUAGAUAUUAUACUGCUCCCAAAGCAGCACUAGAUAUUAUACUGCCCCCAAAGCAGCACUAGAUAUUAUACUGCUCCCAAAGCAGCACUAGAUAUUAUACUGCCCCCAAAGCAGCACUAGAUAUUAUACUGCUCCCAAAGCAACACUAGAUAUUAUACUGCUCCCAAAGCAGCACUAGAUAUUAUACUGCUCCCAAAGCAGCACUAGAUAUUAUACUGCUCCCAAAGCAACACUAGAUAUUAUACUGCUCCCAAAGCAACACUAGAUAUUAUACUGCUCCCAAAGCAGCACUAGAUAUUAUACUGCCCCCAAAGCAGCACUAGAUAUUAUACUGCCCCCAAAGCAGCACUAGAUAUUAUACUGCCCCCAAAGCAGCACUAGAUAUUAUACUGCUCCCAAAGCAGCACUAGGUAUUAUACUGCUCCCAAAGCAGCACUAGAUAUUAUACUGACCCCAAAGCAGCACUAGAUAUUAUACUGACCCCAAAGCAGCACUAGAUAUUAUACUGACCCCAAAGCAGCACUAGAUAUUAUACUGACCCCAAAGCAGCACUAGAUAUUAUACUGCCACCAAGGCAGCACUAGAUAUUAUACUGCCCCCAGAAAGCUAGCUAGCUUUCUACAUUAAAAAAUGUAGCUUCAAAGAAGUGUAUGUAUGAUAGUUGACCUGUCUUUCUGAUCCAUUCAUGUAUGUCUCUGACCUGCUGAAUGACUUCUCUUCUCCCAGUGCGGAGGGCAGCCAUGUCUCUGGGCAGAGUAACGGUCGGGACCCCCAGGCUCUGGCCAAGGCGGUGCAGAUUCACCACGACACGCUGAGGACCAUGUACUUCGCC